AUGCAACUCCACUUUCUGAUCUCCGUCCUAGUCGCUCUCGUUCUGAUUCCGUCGAGUCGUAAGUGAUAGGCAUCCGAGUGAAAAGGGCGGUUUCCAUUCAUUCAGAAUGCACGACGUGUUGGGUCCAGAACAGCAUCGCCAGCGUGUUCACACAGGCGUGUCCGUCGAACAUCUAUCAGUGCAUGAAGUUCGAUUGUAAAAUCACGAGUCCUAAGAAAUGUGAGUGAUCGGAAGUGCGCUCCACUGAUAAAAUGCGUUAAUUUCAGUCACACAGACGACGAAGGGAUGCAAUGAUCCGGCGAAUCCGCCCGUCUCGUGCACCACACUUCUGGUACGCAUAUUUUGUAUUGACGGUGUCGUGCAAGCGCGCUCUACUGAAAAUUUGAAAGUGAUCCCUCAGGUCUAAUAUUAUAGGGGCAUCUCACAGAAAUGGCGCUCUGUUCGCAAUCUACGCGAAUUUCUAGGCCGUGAAGUAAUUUUCCACUGAAAACGUGACCUAACUUUUCAAACUCGGCCCCGAGGUCGCUCAAUUUGCACUGCAAAAAGAGUAUCUUAACAGAGCGCCAUUUCUGUGCGAUGCCCUUAUAAUACAUAUAUAGCUCAAGAUAGGGGCGCUACGCAAUCACUGAUUGGCGGAAAUUCAAGUUUCCGAUGAAACCGCCCCUUUGUUUAUUGUAUCCGUUCAGAAAUAAAAUAAUAGAUGGCAACGAAACUAGACUGAAAACGCUUCAAAUGUUAUGACUUGCAAAUUUUACAAACAUCGGUCUUGUUCAGCUGUGACGACUGCCAACGCGCUCUAUUGAAAAUUAAUUGGUGUUCUGUUUGUAAGCUGCAAAUACGCUCGAUUGAUAAUUUUUCCCAUGUUUCAAAACACGCUUCCAAAACUGUUCGCGAAUUCAAACUCAAAAAGAGCACAUUUGCACAUAUUUACACCUAACACUUCUCGCUGCAAGACUAUUUUUUUGAUUAUUCUCUGAAACUUGCAGACGAACUGCCAAGCGCAAGGAGGCACCGGCCAGUGCUACACGUGCACCGGCGACUACUGUAACUCGAGCCCCGCCUCCUUGUCGGCUCUUCUCUCCGUUCUUAUCCCGACCGUCACUUACUUUUUCUUUGAAUUUCAAAUAUUCAGAUAUAUAUGUACAAUUAUUAAGUUGUUUAGUUGA